CGCCUGCCUUAGUUUCCCCAGGGAAACACUUGGGUGGUGGCAGUUUCCACCUGCUGGGGUCUUGCCUGCCUGGUUCAUUCCCCUCCUCGCUUGGUCACUUUCAGCCUCCCCUGAGCCGCCCUGAAACGAGCCAGGAUGAGCAAAGUUCUGCUCCUGGGUUUGUCCUUGCUGCUAUGUGGUGUCCUGACUCAAGGCCUCAUUUGCAGGGUCUGCAAGUUCCAGGUGGGUGCUCUCUGCUUCCACUCCCGCAACCCCUGCAUCGCAGAGAAAGACCAAGUCUGUGAGACCACCAAGGCCUACAUUGGCAAGGUCCUGCUGUUCUCCAACUAUGGCUGCAGCCGGAUCCGCGAGAUGUGCAACAUGACGGAGCAGAAGGACACCAUCUUCGAGGUCAGCUACAACCGGACCUGCUGUGAGACGAACCUAUGCAAUGCUGCUGGCCCCACCCGGGCAGCCGGGCUUCCCCUGCUCUCUGGGCUGGGAGCCCUGCUGGGGUGGUGGUUGCUGAAAUAACCCCAGGCUCUCCUCUUCCCAGCCCUAGCCUCCACAACCUCUCUGCUACACGCUUUUCCCUCCCGGGUCCUCCUUGCCACACUCUUCAUUAGCAGGCUCCACUCCACCCCCUCAAGCUGCCUUUUCCUGUGGUCUUCCACCAAGCCUUAUUGCCUUCUCCCUGGUCUUCUCCAUCCCAUAAGUAGCUGCCUCCCAUGUCCUCUGUAGGUCCGCCACAGCCUAGGAAGGGGACCAGGGAAAGCCAGCUACUAAAGACGGGCGGGGGGGGUACCUCAGCACACCUUGAAUCUUCCACCUGCCUGCUGAAGGGUUUUGAGACCCUCCCCGACCCCCCAAGAAUCUAAUCUCCUCUUCUGGCCUGUCUCAAAGGGGUGAAGUGAUGACCGACCCUGAGCGAAAGCAGAGAGACUCUUGCUAUUUUAGACACAAUGCUGGAGGGGAGUCUUCUCCCUGGAAGCCUCUGCGAACCCUAGCUCAGGAUGGUAGGUCUGAAUACCCCAUUGUCCAAAGGGCAGGAGACCGUCCUCAGCUUUUCCAUGGAGGCUGGUGGGACAAAACCAGCCCCCGUGGCCCUAAGGUUGAGUUGGAGGCAGCUGUACCCCCAAAUCUCUCCUGCUCACCCAGAGUUCUCCUGAAGGCAUGCCCCCCAACCUAAGAAGCAUAGGCAGCUCCUUCCUCCCCCCACCCCCAGUGGAGAACAAAUGUCCCGGAUCUUUGUCCCAGACACUAGACAGUGGGUUGGUUUGGGAUCUUCUGUGGUAUCUCAAGACCUGUGGGAAGCUGAUGGAUAAUUGAGUCCUUUAGGCCUGAACGGAGGUUGAAACUGUGGACCCUAGGAGAUCCACACAACUUGUUCCUGUUGGGAACAGCCACCCUAAAUCUCCAGUGGAGACCAGGUGGCCUUCGCAUCAUUGCCUUAGAUGCAGAUGGCUUGUGAGCCCUCCCAGGGCAUGCCGGUGAGAUGACAAAGCUGGAGAAGGAUAAAGGUUGGGUACAGAGGCAUAAACCCACCGGGUCCUUUCUGGUGUAUCCAUUAUAACCAUCCUCGCAUCUCCGGGACCGAACCAGCUCGCUGUAGCAUCUGUUCAGAAAGUAUCACUUCCCUCGAGAGGUCUGGGUGGUUUUUUAAUACUUUGUAUGUACUGUGAUUGGAUUAAUAAUAAUAAAAAGUGACUUCCUGGU